AUGGAUAUCGGCGAGGACAAGCCAGGUCCCGGGGCCAAAGGCGCCAUUUUCGGAGCUUCUGUGAGGGCCCGGGAGUGGCGGCAGCGGUCGGAGCCUGGUGAGGUGGUGGCAGAGCUUGGAGGCGGCCCCGGAGCAGAUUUCCCAAACCUUGGCACCAAGGAGGAGGAGGAGGCCGUGACGAAGAGAAAGAUGGCCCAGGAGCCCCAGGCAGGUGAGGAGGAAGUCAGCGCCCCUUUCCCCCUGUGUCCUGCUCCAUCUCCCAGCCCAGCACGGCCCUGGCUGCAGCACAGCCCCGCUGCCAACGCCCUCCUGCCAGACAAGGAGCUGAGCACGGACACCAGGGAGGACAAAUCCCCGCGGCACAGCCUUGGGCAAGAGGCCAUUGGCAGCAGCUCCACGGCGCAGGAAUCCAAUGGGGAGGAAAAGCCCCACAGAUCCCGCACCGGGAGGGGCUGCAAACGCACAGCCCGGGGAUCCCAGCAGGAAAGACCCAGCCCAGGCCAGGGAGGCGGCCAGAGCUCGGAGCUGGGCCUGCGUGAGCAGCUUCACCAUGGGGAGAAGCCCCACAAGUGCUCAGAAUGUGGGAAGAGCUUCAGGACGAGAUCAGUCAUGAUCGAACACCGGAGAAUUCACACGGGGGAACGGCCCUACGAGUGUGGGGAGUGUAAGAAGAGCUUUAGCCAGAGCUCAACCCUGAGUGUUCACCAAAAGACUCACACCGGAGAGAGGCCCCACGAGUGUGAUAAAUGCAGGAAGAGAUUUCACACCAGCUUCAAUCUCCUCCAGCACUAUCGCAUUCACACAGGGGAAAGGCCCUUCUGCUUCCCUGAAUGUGGGAAGGGCUUCAAUCAAAACUCCAACCUCAUCAGGCACUGGCUCAUCCACACCGGGGAGAGACCCUACGAGUGUGAUAAAUGCAGGAAAAGGUUUGAGAGCAGCUCCAGCCUUCUGAAGCAUUACCGCGAUCACUGGGAUGAGAGGCCCUUCUGCUGCCACGACUGUGGGAACAGCUUCAAGCGAAACUCCACCCUCAUCAGGCACCGGCGUAUCCACACUGGAGAGAGACCCUACGAGUGUCCUGAGUGUGGGAAGAGCUUCUCCAGGAGAUUUACCUUGACCCAACACCAAGAGAGUCUCCACUGAGAGAAGCCUACGAGUGCCCCGAGUAUGGGAAGAGCUUCGUGCACUGCUUCUUGCGCAGAGCUUCGUGGUGGGAAGACAUCUGGCUAGGGGUGUCCACAUCCUCCUGGCUUCCCCUGGCCUGGAUUUUCUUUGCAUUUUUCUUUGUUCUUCCCAAAUACCCAAAUCCAAGUAAAAAUAAAGAAUUUGAGCAAAGAUGUCCUUGGGGACAUGGGGGCAUCUUCCAGGGGAUGUGGGGGACACUGGGUUCAAGAGACUUGAGGGUUCCUAGGAGGGACCUGGGGGUUGCUCAGGGCUUUGGGCCCCCAGGCCCAGCAGCUCCGGCUGUGCUGGGAGACCCUGGCGGAAGUUCUGGGGCAGCUGAUAAAGGACCCCCUGCCCUGACACUGUCCCCAUGUCCCCUGUCCCAGCUCCUGCUGUCCCCUGUCCAGGAUCCUCCUCUCCCCACUGUCACUCCCCUUGCCCCCAGCCCAAUCCUGUCUCACCCUACUCCUGCUCCUGUCCUGCUCCCAUCCCAGUCCAGAUCUCAUUCCUGGUUUCAUUCGCUGUCCAUGUCUCGUAUUGUCUGCCCAGCUGCCUUCCCAGUCCCAUAUUCAUUGUCCUGUUCCCCUUCCUGUAUUCAUAAUCCCAGUCCUAUUCCCAUAAUUCCAUUUCUGUAUUUCCAAUCCCCUUCCCAUAUUCCCGUUCCCAAUCCUGUUCCCCUAUCCCCAUUUCUGUUCCCUGUCCCAUGUUCUAAAUCCCCAUCCCAUAUUUUCUCUCCAAUUGCUAUUUCCAUAUUCCCUCUCCUGUUCCCAUAUUCCCAUUCCCUGUGCCCAUUCCUGGUUGUUGGAGUGGGUAACAAAGGAGCCAGUCCGACUCCCUUCGAGAGAGAACAGAAUGCAAUAAUUAAAUUAAAAACAAACAUUUUGAGAAAUUAAAGUACAUUAAGUCACACAGACAUGAAAUAGAGGUCUAGGCUAUAGUUUUAAGAAAGUAUAAAUAUUAAUUUGCAUAAAUAUGUAGUAGAAGUAUAAAUGUAAGUUUUAAGUAGGUGUGAAGGUUGAUCCGAAGUUUCCCUGAUCUGCCUCAUGACUAUCCAAGAUCAGGGAUUGAGACCCUGGGACCCCAGCGCUCACUCUGGACCUGAGUUCUGGCCUGGCUGAGGUGGAUGCUUGCCAAGGGCCUGUUGUGCAGGUGCGUGCUGUACUGUCACGGUGCACUGCCUUUGAACGGGUACCGGCUGUGAGAGCUACACCUGCUUCUCAGAGCAACAGGCCUCUGCACACAACAGUCCAUAAGUCUUCCCACCUUUUAGACAGAGGCUUCUCACCUUGGAAAAGGAAUAUAAAAGGAUAACUUUCUGAAGAGACUCUGACAUCUCUUUCUCAGUAUGGACGGAAGACGAGUCUAUUGGCGGAAGACUACGAGGACGACGUCCCCUCUGUUGGUACCUAUUUCCCCAUCCUUCUCUCUUUCUCCCUCCCCUUUUACUUCGUUGCCUUUAUCUCUCUCACUCUUGUAUCACAAAACUAAGUUGUUGGCACUCAGUAAAGUGCAUUGUUGCUUGCUGCUGAAUAAAACUUGAGUCCCUU